AACAAUAUUCUAAUGUAUGUAUACUUAAAAAAAAAGACAUACACACAAUAAGAAGAAUCUAUUAAUAGUAUUGUUAUCAGUGAGUUCACAUACGGUACUGUUACCAGUCGUCAUGUCCAUACGGUAUCAAACACUUGUUUAUUAAAUGUAAUUUAAACUAUUUGAAUUGGUGAUUAAAAAUAUUAACAUAGAGAAGUGACAUUAGCCUCGAUAUAUAAAUAAAAUAACUGUUAUGGACCCAGAGAAGCAGCCUUUAUUGAAUCCAGUAUGGAAUGUGGCUAGUAGCAAUGGUUUCAGACCAUUAAACUACGAGGAGGUACUACAAGCCCGCUACGAACUAACCUGGCGUCGAGCACGAUUCUUCCUAUCCCUUAUGUUCUGGGCAAUAAUGGCUAUAUUCCUUGCUAUUAUAAUGUAUAUCCUGCUUAAGGCACCUAAAUGUGGUGCAUUAAAUAAAGACGCAGGGGUGGUGCAUAUGACGUUUUCGCCACUGGUUUCUAUAGGGAAAGUGUUGCCAGAUGAUACAAUGUAUGCAUUAUAAAAAAUACAACUCGAUAUUUUGUUUACAGUAAUAUUAGUAAUAGAAAUAAUAAUAUCCCUAAACAAUUCACAUAGCGCCAUCUAGUCCCAAAGUAAGCAGAGAUUGUUAUGGAUACUAGAUAACUGAUAUAAAUACAAAGACACAUUUUUUUUCUAAUUCAUAAUAUAUGCCAGCAAACAACCACAACAAUCAUAAUCAUGAACACAUGUUUGUUUCAUGACAGGAAUCGAACCCGUGAUCAUCGGUAGUAACAAAUGUUGCUAAAUAGCUGUACCACCAAGGCUAGAAAGCCGUAUGUCUGUGGUGCUUUUCAUGUAUACUCUGUUCUAAUAUAAUUAUCAUAUAAUAUACAUAUAUGAUAAGAACGAUGUAGUUAUGUAUAUAUAUGUACAUUUAUAUGUCACGGUUUAACCUUAUCAUCAGGUUAUAUACCGACAUAUUUUUAAAUAGGUAGUUUAAAUCAAUAUAAGACUGAUAAUAAAUUUAUUUAAAAUAUUUCUUUC